AUGUCUGCUUCCGCUAAAACCAGCCAUCUGGCUUGCAUUCUUGUGGCUGUCGUGGCAAUGUAUGCCGCGGUUGUGUCCGCCGAUUGCCCAUCCGACGAGCCUGCCGUGUUUUUCGGAGAGAAGGGCUACCUCACCUUCCCUAAUGCCUAUGGCCUCGCCAUUAACACACACUCGACGCUUUUCAAACAAAUGUCACUGGACUUGAAACUGCGCAAGGGCCCUUCUGCGAGCCGGGAGUUUCGCGUUUUCAGUGUCCGCCACAACUAUUGGGUCGACUUUCUCGACGUUUGGGUGAACGUCCUGUGCGAUGACAGUGCUCAAGUUGUUGUGAACUUCAACGCUGGACAAGGCCCGGUGUCUUUUUCGGCCGACUUUAACGAGCUUCUUGACCAUGAGUGGCAUACACUUGAAGUGACCACCUCGCCCGGUCGCGUCUUCAUCUACAUUGAUACGGAGAUGGUCCAGGAGCACUACUACUUGGGCGGACCCACGCUGAACGUUAAUGUCAACGGCAACGUCAAGGUUGGUGGGACGCGCAGCGGCGACAUGUUCCACGGGUGCAUACGCAACAUCGUUCUCGAGCACUUGCACUUUGAUGGCCGUGAUGCUUACCCUACCGGCGAGGUCAAGUACGACUGCUCCAUCAGCCAGGAUGCAAGCCUGCCAACCGGCAACGAGCGCGUAGAGUUCUUCCCGCUUUCAUCAAGGACCCUCACCGACAUUCGCUUCUGGUUCCGCGGAACGACGACCGACGGCGUGCUCUACCUCCAAAAGGGUGCGUCCGACUCUGUGACUGUGGAGCUGUACAACAAUGCCCUGAACGUGAUUCUGCGCAACAACGCCGGGAAUGAUCUCCACAACGAGCAGUUUGCCGGUCCCUUUGACGACAAUGUUUGGCGCGAGUUUUCCCUGAGCCGGUUUGGGAGCGAAUUCACGGCAAAGAUUUCAACGCCAGGCUUCUACCCUGAUGUGCUUGUCCAUGAUAAUCUGCUAAACUCUGGCCUGAUCACGCUGACUGGCAACUCGUUGUUUGGAGGCCUGUCCCCGGCUUUCCCGGUUGGUGGCGGCAAUGCAACUCAAGGCUACCAAGGCUGCCUGCGCGAUUUGAGUGGAGGUGGUGUGCCUCGUUUGAUUCAAGAUGCACUUGACAAGCCGGGUGUUGUUCUGGAUGACUGCGAUUGCCUGCAAUGCACCAAUGAUGCCCAACGAGGCUGCCCCAUCGCAUUCAAUGGCACCGGAGCCGUUCUCGAGCGAAACGAUGAGGUGGCCAAGGUCACCCUGCGCAGCCACAUGACAGAGGUGGAUAGGGUGCACGUCGGAAGAUCAGCUGCAGUGCAUCGUACGUGCUAUGGACAUCGGCAACAGGCAAGCGCCAACUCCGAAAGCUGA